AUGGCCAGGGAUGAGGAGGUGGUUCAGGGAAGUGGAGAAGAUCAUUGGCCAAAGGAAAUCCAUUGUGGGGAUAAUGAUAAAUUGUUAUACAGUCUGAAGAAAAUAAAAGAAGAUAGUUCAUUUACUUCAAUUUAUACACAUUUGUGGGAAAAUGUCCCUCAAAUAGAUGAUGCAGCCAUGGCCAUGGAGUCAAGAUUAGCAGAGUGUUCAAUUCUUUUGAAAAACUGUGCCUCUGCAAUAUUUGAGUGGAGCAGCGUAACUCACAAGACAAGUUCCCAUGGAAAAUUGGAACGAUACAGGGCAUUUCUAAGGAAAUACCAUAAGACAAAGAAGAUAGUGCUUUCAGAUGAAAUGGAAACGAAGAAGGAUAUAGAGGGUUACAGCUUCCCAGGAUUCAAGACAAAUGAGCUUACUCAACUACCCAGACAUCUGAAUGCUGAACGAAUUUAUCUUUUUAUUUUAAAAGCCCAUAACUUUGCUGGGAAAUUUUUUAAGAUCUGGAGGACUCAUUUUCUCUCAGAAGCCUCUAUUGCUCUUUUGCAUGAUUCCUUUUGGUGGUGGUUUCUCCAUAAAUUUAAGUUGUAUCCUGAUUGUUUGGCACAAGCUAUCUAUGCAACAUUCCAGAAAGCAUUUCCAGAAUCCAGUAAUCUCUUUAAUGAUGAAUUUAAAGAAGAUCUAGGGAAUACCAUUUUUCUCUGGUUGUCAGGUUUAAAACCUCAAAAAGGCUUUUGGACCCACUGGAAACUGAAAGAACUCUCCACAACAACCAUUCAUGGUAGCAAGAAAAUACCUUCAAAAUCUGUAAAGGACAGGACUGCAAGAAGUCAGGAACGCUUAUCAGCUUGUAAGUAAAUUAAUUAUCAACUGCAGACUGAAAUAGAUGGCCAAAAUCAAGUAAGUCAUUAUUUGUCAAAAUUUUCUGGUUUAUUUUUUGGUAAGGGUCUUAAAAUAACAUUUGGUUUAUAGACUGGUGUUACAGUAAUCUGAAUAUUGCUUUACAUUUUAGAUUUUCAUUGUAAAAGUGGUACAUGCUUAAGACCUUUUCUCAUUUGCAAGUUAUUGUGUUUUUAUAUUGAUUUGGGGGAACUUUU